CAUACUUUCCUUUUUAUCUCGAAUCGAAAAAUAAAAUCAAAAAAUGGGGCCCUACUUGCUUUCAAUAGUGGCAAUAGCUUUAUCAAGCUUUACAGCUAUUACUGUAGGCGAGAGCACUAUCUUAUCCAGAUCUUUCGCAUCCUGUAGUUAUGUUGGUGGGAAAAUAUAUUGCUUUGGAGGAGACGUCUCUUAUUCUCUCACCUCCAACUUUGAAAUAGACACCAAUAUAUACUCUCUCAAUAUUGCACAGUUUGUCGGAAAAGGAACAGAGACAAUGAAUAGCCAGUGGAACAUGAUCACCCCUGGGGACGCUUUUGACCCGGAACCAAGGAGAAUCCCCACUGCUAUUUCUUUACCAGAUGGAAAGACAUUUUUAAUUCAAGGUGGUGAAAAUAUGCUCUAUAAGAAAUUCGCCAAUAAAACAAUAGCAUUUGAUACCAGCACAAAUAAAUGGUUAAAAAAACAACCCUAUACUGAAGGUGAUAGUGGAACCAGACAGAUCUAUGACUCUACAGCUGUCAUUUUACCAAAUAAUAUGGUAGGAUUUUACGGUGGUCUAGAACAAAGCGCAAAUACCUCAGUAAUUUUAAAAACCCCCACUGGAGCCACAAUGAACUACGAUUCAAGAAAUGGGUCUUAUAUUGGAUUUAGUAGUAUCAAAAUGUACUCACCAACUUCCAAUACUUGGGCAGAUUUAUCCCCUCAGUUAAAUGUACCGUUGGAUUUUUACCCAAACACACAAUCCGCAACAAUCAAUCCUGGUUCUGGCAAAAUUUACUAUUUUGGAGGUCUUUUUUACACUCCCGCAAAUGAUGGUGUGGCUGCCAAAAUUCCGCUCAGCUGGGGUUACACUUUUAACACUGUCUCUAGUUCUUGGACAAAUGAAACUUUUGGGGGCUCAGUACCCAGCGAAAGAAUUUACCAUUCAACUAACUUAUUACCAAACUCACAGGACAUUAUCUUAUACGGAGGAACAGAAAGUGGCGACAAAGCAUCCACGGAUUAUUGUUUCACCUUGAACUUGUCCAACAAUGAAUGGACUAAGCAUGUCAACGUGAAUGUUCCUUCUAACUUACAUGGACCAAGAUUCACUCAUUCAGCGGUGUUGGUUGAUUCAACACUAUUCAUUUUAUUUGGUAGAGGAAUCGACGGUACAUUCAGUCCUUCUUUAAUUACUAUUGAUGUAUCAGAUGCUACGAAUAUCGCCUAUAAAUCUAGUUAUAGCCUCUCUAAUAGCACCCUAAAUAGCGCUACUAAUAAUACUACUACUACUAAUACUACAAAUAAUACUACCGAAAAUAAUCCAAAUGCAGGAGAAAAGGAUAAAAAUGCUAAAAGCCUUGAUAAUCCACCCCGAGGCUUAAGUUCAGGUGCUACUGGAGGUAUAUCAGCCGGCUGUGCUAUCCUUCUUGGUAUCAUUUUAUUCAUAUUUUAUCGUCGUCGUCAAAAAAAAAUUGAAAAACGUCAAACCAUGGAUUCACAAAAUGACAACCGACAUCAUUUACAAGAAUUACUACACGUCGAUUGGGACAAGAUUGACAACCAGUACAAAGAACUUCCAACCACAGCACCUUCCCCUGAAUCGCCACAAGUAGCUUCGAUCAAUUCAAAAAACACGAAAAUCGCAAACAUUUCAACAACCAUCGAAUCGCCUUCUACUGUCCAAAAACAUUAUACCACUCAGCUUCUAGGCAACAGCACGGGCAGAUCAUCUGGUCAUCAUGCUAACAGCAGUGUAGAUAUCAAUAUUGAUAUUCGCGUUAAGCACUCGGUGGCAGCAGAGAAUGCUAUCGUAAAACCUGAUGUAAAUUAAAACAAACAAACAAAAAACAUUCGUAUGUGAUCAAGAUUAGUUUUACAGAGGCCUUGUUACAGAAAAUAGCUUUGCGCCGAAAGGUUUAUUUAUUAAAAAAAAAAAAAAAAAAAAAAAA